CAAUGCGCCAAAUAGCACGCGAAAUUCUUUGAGACGCCGCCAUUGAGCAUCCGGUCGUGCCGCGGUGUCCUUAUCGUGAUUAGCGUUUUUAUAAGUGCAGGCGGCCUCAAAUCAUUGUCAUCAUGGACCUCAGUUUAGAUGAAAUAAUUAAAAAAGAUCGCAUUAGCAAGAGAGGAGGAGGAGGAAGAGGCCGCGGGGCUUCAAGAGGUGCGGGGCGAGGCCAGCAAAGGCAGAGAGGAGGUGGUCAAGAGCGCGGCAGCCGCAAUGCAGUUUCAAGCAGGCCUGCUGCAGCCUACAAGCGCGGUAACGUCGACGACCGGUGGUCACAUGACAUGUACGAUGGCGGCGGCGGCGGCGGCGGCGGCGCGCGCGGUGGCGGCGGCGACGUGCGCCGGCGCAGCGGCCAGGACACCACCAAGCUGAUGAUCUCCAACCUCGACUUCGGCGUCACCGACGCCGACGUCAAGGAGCUGUUCGGCGAGUUCGGUCCGAUGCGCUCGGCGGCCGUACACUACGACCGGUCGGGCCGCUCCAUGGGCACGGCGCAGGUCAUCUUCGAGCGGCGCAGCGACGCUGUGCGUGCCAUGAAGCAGUACGGAGGCGUGCCACUCGACGGUCGCCCCAUGAAGCUGGAGUUGGCCACGGACCAGAUCGGCGGCGGCGGCGGCGGCGGCGGCGGCGGCGGAGGAGGAGUCGGUGGCCGGCUGGGCACGGCGCCGCGGGGUCGCGGCCGCGGCCGUGGCGGCACCCGCGGUGGCGGCGGCGGCGGGCGCGGCGGCCGCCAGCAGCGCGAGAAAAAGAAGCCGGCAACGGCCGAAGAGCUGGAUGCCGAACUGGAAGCGUACGUCAACUCGGCCAAGUAGCGGAACAGGCAGCGGUGACUGCCGGCAGGCCUCCCGACCGGCGCGCCGCCUGGCGGGCAGCGGCGACCGGCACCCAGCGCGGCCGGCUGGCCGGGACACGCACCGCCGCCGCCCGUGGUGGUACACAGGGGCGGCCUGGCGCGCGCCCGUGGCGUGGAGCGCCAGCCGGCAGGGGGCGCGCGCCCGCGGUUUUAGCUGGACUGAUCGUCGGCGGCCUCACAGUCUCAAACCCGCCCGCCCACACACAUCAUCCGUUUGAUCGAGUUGUGCUGCAUAUUUCGUGCGUGUGCGCGAGCGACGCGCCGUGCGGGCCGACCCCGUCUGGCGCUGCUCGGGUCGCGCCUGGGCCGAAGUUGUACCCACGCUGUUCGUUCGCGCGAAUACAUGUGACCAGCUGCGGAAGACGCGUUUGAAUGAGAGUCGAGUCGGAAAAUUGUGUUUGCUGUGUGCGCGGAGCCGUGGUACACUCGCGUGCUGCUGCUGAUCGCAGGUCAUCUCAUCCUCCAACCGAAUACAUAUGGCCAUAACAACCUGA